GAUCCUCCCCGGCUCCGACAUAGAACGUCGUUGUGCCUUCCGGCCCGGACAUUGAUCCACGAUUAUAUCAUAAGCGUCUUACAAAAGCACGAUGCCGACUAGAAUACCCAAGCACGAGGAUUUCGAUCAUUUAUCAGCAUCACUACAUAUUUCACUGGUCUUCCCCGAAGUCCCAGAAACGACAACGGCUAUCCUUAUCCUCUUUCAUGGUCUCGGCGAUUCAGAGGCACCAUUCGCUACAUUCGCAAAGAACCUGAAGCUACCAGGUGUUCUCGCCAUCUCUGUCUGCGGCGUCUCUCCGCUACCACCUGCAUUGCUUGGCUCCCUGGCCUCUUCAGACGCCGGUCCGCCUAAGCAUUUCCAUUGGGGGGAUGAUUUGACUUUAUCCCCGUCGACAGGAGACCUAGACCCGGAUCCAGGGUUCACAAAAGCCGAGGACCUAGUUUUCGGGAAGCUCAUUCGCGAAACAUUGAUUGAAAAAUGCGGCUGGGAGACGAACGAUAUCUUACUAUUUGGCUUCGGACAAGGCGGUUCUUUGGCUGUUGGCUUAUCGUCCAGGGCUCGCCAGGGUGAAAGGGUUGUAGAUGUCACGGAAGGGAACGGGACCUCUACUACAACUUUCAAGGGCGUAGUGACAAUCGGUGGUCCUUUGCCUACAAGCAUGAUACCCACUUUAAGCACCAGAGAGAAAUCUCGAACACCAAUAUUGGCAUGUCACGGUAGAUCGAGCGAGUAUCUCGAUGAGGAUGCAAUGGAUCUCUUAAAGAAAGAGUUUACUGACGUACGAGAAGUCAAGUGGAAUAAGAGCGACGAUACUAUGCCUAGAAAUAAGGACGAGAUGCUACCAAUCAUGCAAUUUUUCGCGGAUAGAUUACGCGGGUGGUAAGAUAUGAUUUGAAAUUCUUAGUAGAGGUAGGCUCUUAAUUAAAUACCUACACAUAGAUGUACGGCAAUCUAAGAUGUGGCUAUUAAAAUCCUCAGGAUCAUUGAGUACUAUCAUUAUAAGCCUAAUAAUGAAUUCUCGACAUGCUAGAAACGUCUACAGCCUAGAAGUACCGGCAACUAAAACAACAUGAAGAUAAUCCACUCCAAUGCUAAACAGCUAUGCAUAUGAACUCUAUUCCGCGUGGACAAUCUCCAUCUCCUGUGUAGAUAGGGAAGUUUCUAAAUCUGUGGCACCCCCC